CUCUCUCAGCCCCCCUGCACCCCUUCAACACAGACCAUUGGGUUGGUGGUCUGCACCUCACCAGCCACUUUCCUUCUGUGAGGCAGUGGCAAAUGACUUCAGAUACACACUACUGCAUGGAAAACUGGGCACGAGGAUCAUUUAUGGAUGUGGAAAUGUGGAGAUGAACAAAAUCUCAACUGUGGAACAAAAUUGAGAGACACCAAAUACGCACCUUCCUUUGCAUCAAGCUUUUGUGCAGCAGGUAGAAAUGGAUCCUCUUCUGGAACAAGUUUUGGCGGGCUUCAACACAACCCUCAGCACUUCCAAUCGGACUGACCCCCUUGAUAAAUUCUCAGGAACCCAGCUGCUUCUACGCUUCAAACCUUUAUUUAUUCCACUCUACGCCUUAGUUGUUGUUGUGGCUGGUGUUGGGAACAGUUUCCUUCUUGCCUGCAUUUUGGCAGACAAGAAACUUCAUAAUGCAACCAAUUUUUUCAUUGGCAACCUGGCCGCUGGGGACUUGCUGAUGUGCCUGAGCUGUGUUCCGCUAACUGCAUCGUAUGCAUUUGAUGCACAGGGUUGGGCAUUUGGACGUCCGAUGUGCCACCUUAUUCCUCUGGUACAAGGUGCAACAGUCUUCGCCUCUGUAUUAUCCCUCACCGCCAUUGCCAUGGACCGAUAUGUGGUGGUAGCGUACCCAGUGCGGAGACGUAUCUCUGUGUGGGGAUGUGGCGCAGUGGCACUGGGUGUCUGGGCAGUCUCGCUGGCCCUUGCGGCUCCCCCUUCCCUCCACACGCGCUACGUGGACCUGCGACCUAGUGGGAUGGAGCUGGUAGUGUGUGAGGAGUUUUGGCUGGGUGCCGAACGGCAGCGCCUACUCUACUCAUGCUUCUUCUUACUGGCAUCCUACAUGAUACCGCUGUUAUCUGUAAGCAUCUCCUACUGUGCCAUCAGUGUGCAUCUCCGCAAACACACAUUACCUGGAGAGCCUUCCCAGAGCCAGCAACGCUGGAGCAAGCAGCGCCGUAAGACGUUCUCCCUACUGGUGGCCUCAGUUCUUGCCUUUGCCCUCUGUUGGCUCCCAUUGCAGGUCCUCAAUCUCCUACUGGAUCUAGACUCAGACUUCCAGAUUGUGGACAAACACUAUGUAAAUGUACUGCAGGUUAGCUGCCAUCUGAUCGCCAUGAGCUCAGCCUGCUACAACCCCUUCAUUUAUGCCUCGUUGCACAGUAAGGUCCGCAUGCACCUUCGAGGUUACUUUUGCCCUUGCAGGCAUAGUGGACAGAACCUACUGUCUCGUUGUGCCUCCCGCAAUCCUGCCACCUGCCUGACACUUAUUUCUGAGGUAGUGGUGAAGGAGAACCAAUCACCGGAGAGCCCUGUCCCUGACAGCUGUCUCUGAAGAUGCAAGACACAUCAGCACAGACUAUUCAGAAGGAGCACUCAGACAUUAAGGAGAUUUUUGCAGCACUGGAGUGGUAUUCCAGCCAAUAUUCGAUGUUCUUGUCUGAGAACUAAGGCUUUUGUUGGUGGUGGGAUUUUCUUUUACGAGGACUAAAGAGAAUAGCCAGGCUCUCAGCUUUGUUUUGAUGUUGCUACGGACAUUAGUGAUCCAGGCUUAAGAUUCCCUUAUACAUCUUUUUGACCUUGAAUGAAAACAAAUGCAGUGCACAUUUAAUGGAGGAGUAAAUCUGUUUGGGAAUACCCUGCUCUUCAUACCCGCCACAGCCAAAGGGGAAUAUCAGCAAACUACAACUAGAUGUUUAGACAUCAUCUUUGACCUUGUUGUAACUACAUUGAUUCAAUUACCAUUUAAUGCUGUUUUUCAGCCCUCACCAAUGCGAGAAAGUAAGUGAUGCAGAAUCCCUUGUACACCCUUUUAGUCUCGCAAGCCUCCAAGGAUCACUGCAUGUCUGACAUAGAUCACUGCUCAGAAACUUGCCCUCAGAGCCUCUCACUCUCAUGUCCAGACACUCUCAAGAGGACUCAAGCAAUCAAAUGACAGCCUUUCGCCUCUGGUAAUGGACUGCACACUCUGCUUUAAAACACAAAAACAUGGUAGCUCACACUAGAACACUUCUACAUUUCUGAAGAUAGGCAUAGUUUCAUAAAAUGUUCAACAGAGGGAGUCUGACCUUUUGUAAGUGGUGAGAGCUAAAGUGAUGAUAAUUUCACAGGAGCAAGUGCCAGUUGUUUUGCCAUUAUGUGGUUCUGUCAUUUCCCUUGGAGGGCUCUGAGAAUUGACGUCUCGAUUUGGCGGUUCUCUGGAGGUGUGAGAUAGACUUAAUUAGAUGAUCUACAAUGCAUUCACACUACACUACAUUAAUCAUCAAGUCAACCAUUUCUCAGAUGAAUAAACAAGAGGAUAUGACCCACAUGGUUUAUGAAAAUUAAUGGUGUAAAGUCACCGUGUGCAUGUUUGUUUGACAGAAAGGAAGCCAUAUAAUUAAUGUUUUUUUUUUUUUUUUUAAGCCCGCUGUGCUAGUUCUUCUUGUCAUUCACAAUAAUUACUUGUCAGAUUGUAUGAUGUUAGCCCAGUGAGAUCUAGGGUAAAAUCCACAGUCGACUAUGCAACAUGAAAUAUCUUUAGUCCUCAUCAAUUACAUCUUCAUUAAAUUAUUAAAAAAAUUUAUCUCUUUAUGUUAAUGUUGAAAUCAGUGUUGAGACAGAAGUGAUAGACAGUUCAUUCAAUCUGUUCUGUGAGGAAGAAUGUCCCACAAAUGUUAGCUUAUACCCUACUUAAACACACUUGAACCUAUUAAUCAAGAUCUACUACAGGGGUGCUUAACUUUGUUCCUGGAGAUCUACAGUACUUUCCUGCAGAUUUCAGCUCCAACCUUGA